UCGUGAGCACCGCGCCGUCUGUUUACUUGAUCGCACAGAGCGCCAAGUUGUGCCGCCUUCACCAGUCGUGUCCACCAGACGGCCGCCAUCAUCGUCGUUUAGCAAUGCGUCAUGACGAACACUCGCAACACAGGAAAGGGGAAAAGGGGGAGGGAUUGCCAGCAAACGGAAGGUGCUACCGCCGUGAAGCGCGGGAGGCAUCAGGCGAAGAAUGCGAAGGGCUUAGGCGGCGGUGCUCUGGUGAUAGGGAGGUCCGCGCGGGAAGGGUGGGUGGCGGAGGCCAGCAGCGUAGAGGGCGACAAUUUUGAAUCCGAGGGGGACACGUUUCAGGGCAGGAAAGGGACCUUGGGCGAUCUGACAACCACGCGAAUGGUGAGCGGACACGAAGGCGGCAACGACAGCAAAGAUGUGGGUCAAGGGGUUGCGCGUGGCAACGACGGGGCGGGGGCGGAUGAGGAAGGCGGUGUUCCUGGGAGGGACGUUCGAGGGCGGCCAGCGACCCCGACCAUGCGCAUCGCUGUGCACUCGAGGGACGUCAACAUGCCGCAGGAGAUUGGGAGACAGCCGCCGAUGCAGAGGCGAUCGGGAGACAUGGCGGUUUUGGAGGCGAAAGCGCGACUAUGGGUCGACGAUCAUCGAUUCUGGAACGAGACAGAGGUCCAUGGGAUGUUCAAGAUGAUCCAGGACACUCGCCUGCACCUCUUGGGCAUCGCGAAGGGUGUGAAACCGCCGGAAAUCAAAAAGAGCAUCAUGUUGCCCAACUCCACGAUCCCUGUGGCGAAGAUGGAAGACGAGUUCGAGCUGGGGGCUGCCAAGGAGAGAACUGGGAGGGUGCAGACAAUAACGUUGCGCACCAUCCAUGGGUGGGUCUUCAAGUCCCCCUUGCGUGAACGCCGUCACAAAGAAAAUGGGGAAGCCCCCCAUGACGUUAGUAGACCCUCCGCUGUACAUCCCCGACUGGGUUUCCUGCGGGGACCCGGUGUCCUUAAACAACGACGCGACGUUGACGUCUCCGGAUAUCGGCUGGCGACUGGAUUGGAUGGGCACCAGACUGCCGGAGAUCGACGUCGAAGAAGAGGACAAGCCUGCCGACGGGGAGGCGUGAAUGAUGGUGACAAUGACGACGACGACGGUGACAGCCUCCACGAUGAUGAUGUUGAUGCGGACGGCGUCUUUCACAACGAUGGCGGCGACGGGGACGACGGCGACGAGCACAUGUGUCCUGCCGCCAGUGGUGCUGGUGAGGGUGAUGGCGACAAAGGCGACGCUAACGAUGGUGAUGAUGAUGAUGACGACGAUGAUCAUGACGAUGAUGAUUAUGAUGAUGAUGACGAUGAUGACGACGGUGGUGAUGAUGGUGAUGAUGAGGACGAUGAAGACUAUGACGUUGAUGAUGAUCAUGAUGAUGAUAACAAUAAUGAUGAUCAUGUCCAUGACAAUGAUCACGACGAUGAUGACGGUGAUGCUCAUAAUGCUGAUGGUGAUGAUGAUGACGAUGAUGACGAUGAUGACGAUGAUGACGAUGAUGAUGAUGAUGAUGAUGACGAAGAUGUGCAUGACGAUGGUGCCGCCGGUGAUGUCGCCGGCGUUGACGGGGUUAGCAGCGGGAAAAGUGAAUGAAGAGAGUCGUUGGGCGAUGCCACGUGCACGCGUCGAGAACGAA